CUGGUGACGUUGCACUUUCCUUUCCCUUCUUUCUUUGUCUCGCUCGCUUUCUCAAUUAGACGCCGUUAUCCCCAAGCUGUGGGGGCCAAAGCCAUUGGUCGAUCAGUGCUGUCCCGGCUAGUCUCGAACGAACGUUACAGCUUGUCCUCUUGUCAUGUUUAGAUAACCGUGUUCCCCAAAAUAGCACGGUGGCUGUCGGAGUCGCCAAUUUGGCAUCAGCGAGAUGUCCUCUGUGAGCCCACGGAAGUCGAUUGACAGUAUAGCCUCGGGAGCCUCGACACCGUCGUUGUCGCAGCAGUCGUUUAACCCACUCGAGUCUCCCCGCGUCCCCUCUCAAAGAUACCCCCUGAGACGGGGAUCGACCGCCAGUUCCGUCGCGAGCAUUGGAGGGAUUUUGGAUUCUUCUCAGCGUCAUGGAUCGAUAGCAGAAUCGGGUCAAAAUGGUUCGUCACUGGCAAUUGAUAGAGCGAUUGAAGUCCUGGGCUUUGGCUAAUCCCCCCUUAGCUAUCUCUACUCUCCUCCAGCCUCCGAUCGUCCGCACCGGACUGCUCCCCCAAACGGCAGUCGCCUCGUCUGGAUAUAAACCUCCGAGUUCCCGCGAUAUUCCCCCAGUUACAUUGACGAAUAUUCCCCGUGUGGACUCGAAGGCGUUCGCUCCGUACUUAUCGCAAGUUGGGUCACUGUACGAUGUAUUUCAACAGGCCAAGGAGGGGUCCGGUGACCAGGACUCGCAGUUGGCGCGUGGAGGCGGCAAGGCUUCCCCUAAGCCGGACGAAUACGAGUCAUUGAUUUCGCGAUCCCAAGAGCGACGGCCUUCCGGGAUUUCUACCGGCUCCCGCGCAAGCUCGCCUUAUGACACAAGGGGGAGGAGACGGUCAUCCGCUGGCCGAGGCCGUGGUCACGCCGUCACCCCACUGUCCACAAUUCCUCCGGUAUAUUUCGAAGACGACUUCCACCUUGAAAACCCUCGCACGUUUGACGUGGUCUCUGAAAAGUCUGAAGUCGUUACACCACCGAAGACUCCAAGCAAGGACGAUAGGCCGGAUAUUCCAGUUGUGGCGGAACCUCCCCGAACUGGGAGAAAGGCGCUUGCCACCAAUGCGAUCCUGCAGGAAAAGCUGUCAUGGUAUAUGGAUACUGUGGAAAUACACCUCAUCUCGUCAAUCUCGACCGCGUCCAAGUCGUUCUUUACCGCCCUAGGAUCCCUGCGCGAGCUUCAUUCUGAAGCUGCUGACUCGGUGAAACGGAUCCAAGUUUUACGAAAGGAUCUUCAGAAAAUCGACCGCGAAAUGGCCCUGGGUGGAUUGAAAAUCGUUAACCUGCGACGCCGAAGAGAGAACGUCAGGAUGCUCGCCGACGCCGUAUCUCAACUUCGAGAUGUGGUCCAGUCUGUGUCACGCUGUGAAGAGUUGGUCGACAACGGGGAGAUUGAAGAGGCCGCAGAUGGCCUGGAAGAAGUGGAAAGACUAAUGUCUGGGGAUUUUGUUGUUGAUCGUCCCUCUGAAGAUGAUGAGACGCGGGAACAACCGAGAAAGGCCAUCGACCUCAGAAGACUCAAAGCCCUCGAGGGGGCAUCUGACGACCUGGCGCAGUUGAGAUACAGGAUCGGUAGUGGAUACGAGGCGCGCUUCUUGAGUGACCUUCUUGGCGAUUUGAGACAACAUGUCGAAAACGCACCAUUGGACACGACACUGCAGCGUUGGGGUGCUUCCUUUCAGCGACAACGCGGAGCUCAACGAUCUGCUGCCACAACCUCUCCAGCGUAUAUGUCAUUUGAUGAUGAACUGAGAUCUAGAUUACGUGCGCACCUCACUGGGCUUGCGCGUGCACAUCACACGACCCCCGCAGCAACCUCUUUCAAGACUGCGGUCCUACGGGAGAUGAAAAGCCUCAUUCGGAAGCACAUGCCCAGCUCCAGUGACGACGACAACGAAUCGAUGGUGUCCGUUUCCACCCACAGAUCGCAGGGCCUAAGCCAACAAGAGAAGUCUUCGAUACUUGCUCGCAAUCUCCGCGCUAUGGAUGCAGAGGAUGCUUAUAGCAUGGUUGCUCAGAUAUACACGGGCAUCAGUGAAUCGUUACGAAGACUCAGCGUCCAAGUCAAGGUGCUUCUUGAUAUCGCGAGUGGACUGGGAAAUCCACCAACCCCUACACUUAAAUCUUCACCUCGCAGCCCCGUUCGACGGUCUACGGAUAGUUCCGAGAACUUGAAAGCCAACCCGCGGUUGGAGGCAACGGUGGUCGCACAAGACGAGAUAUUGCAGGUCUUGGAUAUGUCUAGCCUCCUAGGCCAAGCGGUUGACAUUGCUCAGUCCCAAAUCAACAAGGUGCUUAAGGUGCGGUCUGAACAGACCUCUCAGUUGCCCAAGGAAGAUUUUCUGAAGUACUUUACCCUCAACCGUCUUUUCGCCGACGAGUGCGAAGCCAUCUCUGGGCGAAGCGGCACCGCUUUGAAGACAUUGGUUGGUAACCAGAUUAAAGAUUACAUCAACCGGUUUGGUGAUACACAGCGCCAUCGCAUUGUCGAAGUGAUGGACGCAGACCGAUGGGACGCCAAGGACUUCGGCGAUUCCGAAAAUGCCGUCUUGAAACGAAUCUUGGAUGCGAGCACCAAAGAUAUCGAUGCUUGGGUGGAGGUUUCCAAGAUUUGGCAGCCCCCUACCGAGGGCCAUGAGAAUUCGGAUGCGGCUGCUGUCAAUGGUUCCGGAAAGGACAAAGUCAGAAGCGCCGUUAUUGAUGAGCAGAAAUACAUUCUCUCAGCAUGUGCUAUGGCUAUGAUGAAGAGCAUUGAGGAAUUUCAGUUCCUCAUGGCAAAUAUUCCUAGUAUGAUCCAGGACAUUGCCCCCGGUCUUUUAGAGACGUUGAAAUUGUUCAACUCCCGGUCCUCCCAACUGAUUCUCGGAGCCGGGGCCACUAGAAGCGCUGGCCUGAAGAACAUCACCACAAAACAUCUCGCCUUGUCUUCGCAAGCCCUGAGUUUCAUCAUAGCGCUGGUACCGUACAUUAGGGAGUUUGUUCGCCGUCACGCCCUAAGCAGCCCGCUAAUGGGCGAGUUCGAUAAGGUGAAGCGAUUGUACCAAGAGCAUCAGUCUGGCAUUCAUGAGAAGCUUGUCGACAUCAUGAGCGGUCGCUCCUCCAUUCAUGUUAAUGCCAUGAAGAAGAUCGACUGGAACGCGGUGACCAAUGGCAACGCCGUCAGCCCGUACAUGGAAACACUGGCCAAAGAAACCGGCACACUGCAUCGCGUUCUGAGCAAGCAUUUGCCCGACAUGACUGUUUCUAUGAUCAUGGACCCCGUUUUCAACAGUUACCGGGAGCAGUGGACCAAGGCAUUUGAAGAAGUCUCCAUAACCUCGGAGAGUGGAAAACAAAGAUUGCAACGCGAUGCGGAGUAUUUCCAGUCGAAACUCAGCAAAAUAGAUGGCUUUGGCAACCUGGGCGAGCGUCUGCUUGAAUUAGUCAAGCAGAAAAGCACCGCGACAGAGGCGCAGGAGCCUCCAUCAACCGAGCCUGAUACCUCGAAGGGGUCUCCCAAGACCAGUGAAGAUACCAAAUCUUGAGCAUGAUCAAUCUAUAAUUAUCCGCUAUGGGCGAUCGAGGUCACACUCGGAAGAUCUCACCUGCACAUUCUAUACAUUCCUCCAACUCUGACUAUUCCCGCGGUGUUCCCUGUCAAAAUGCCCAGGGAACUGUGUACAGUGAUUUUGCUCAAUGCUACCGCAACUUCCCUUACUCUAUACACUGCGGUGCAUCCUUAUUUACGUUCUAUAGAAUAAUCCAACCCUUUGUCUAUAUCUUGUUGACCUCUUUCACAAUACUCUUCUACAAACUACAAAACCCACGGAUUUAUCGUACUUAGUCUUUCAAUUCAUUAUGAUAAGCCUCCACAUCAAGCAGAAGCCUCAAUGCUAAUCGACCGAUUCUCAUAAAUAUCGUACAAGCAUAGACAUAUCCCAUCCAACUCCAAUGAUAAUGCUCAUGACACCACUCAUUCAAAAGCGUUUCCUUUUCUUUCAGGGUUCGGGCUCGAUUUUAAACGCCCUGCGCACCGAGACCCUUGUUCUCUCCGAGCGUUUUCGGGUCAUGCCCGCCCUUGCCGCUACCAGACUGAGUAGGGCCGGAGCUGCCGCCGCCGCUGGCCAGGCCGUUGGCGUUGAUGCCUUCGACGGGGAGGUCGGCGACCUUGUGGGUGCGGUUGAGGUCGGCGUUCUAUGUGGUGUUAGCUUGUAUGUACUUCUUCGGAGUGAUGUUUAGAGAGGAGGGGAGGGUAGGAGGAUAGAUUUGGGAAUACAUACGUCGUUACCGACGCCGUGGACCUUGUUAGGACCGUUUUCGAUGGCGUUGUCGCUCUGAGGGACACCGUUGUCGUAUUCAGCUCCGCGAGGCAUGAUGGUUUGAUAUCAGGGUGUUUUUGAGGUAGUUUCAAGGUAGGAAAGAGAGAGUUUUGUGAGGUAGAUUCGAUGGAUUGAUGGUUUUGAUGGUUCUGUUAAGUUGUCAAGGGAAUAUGUUCCUUUGAAAGCUUCUUUAUAACCCCCAUCCUCCUUCUGUUGAUGAUGGCAUCGACUUCUGAGCUUUCCUGGUUCUGGUUCUGUAGGUGGAAUGGCUGACACCAUUGUGAAGUCAUUGUGGAGACGCCGCAGGAGAGAUGACUUCAUCCGGUCAGGGAAUUGGUCGGGCUUUCUCGAUCUAGGUGUCGAUCGCGGUUGUUUGAGAAUGAGACCGAAAAGGGGGUCUUGUUGCUUCUGGACUCAGUACGUAAAAUCUUCUGCGUAAUGAGAUCGAGUGUUGAUUUAAUGGUAUCCCAGGAG